AUGGACCUGUCCAUCAGGGAGCGGCUCCUGGCGGCAGAGAGCCGCCGAGAUGCAGAGGCUUUGGAGAACGCUUAUGAGUUGAUCAAAUCAGCCAGCCAAGGAAAAUCUGUGCUAGACUCAUCGGAUGGCUUGAGCACUGACCUGUAUGUUUUAUGUGCUGAACAAGCACUUCAGCUGGGAUAUCUGGAAAUGAGCAGAGACUGUCUGCAGAUGUUUUUUAAAGGAAAAUUUCCUGUGAACCAGUUUCUUGGCAGAGCUUAUUUGUGCCAAGGCCAGUUGCACACUCCACUCUCUACGGAUAAUUUGGAAGCGUUUGAGAAAUUUGUGAUGUUUUUUAUGAAGGCUAUAGAUUUUGCCAUCCAUGAUCAAAGAUACUAUUUUUUGAUAUAUAAUGCCUCGGUUCUUUACUGGCAGCUUGUGAGGCCCUAUCUUAAGCCUGGGUUCCGCUAUUGUCUUAUUCCCAGCCUUUCUCAGAUAGUUAAGGCAUUAAACCAAACUGAGGAAGAAGACAGUGAAUGGAGAGCAGAGCUCAUGAUAAAUUUACUGGAGUGUUUCCUCGAUGCUUCAAAACUGAAAGAUGCGAAAGAGUUUUCAUCUACCGCAGCGACCUUUAUUAAAGAAAAUGUUCCAGAUAAAUAUUCUCAAUUAUUUUCUCUAAUGGUGUAUCACAAACUAAUGGAUAUUUCCCAGGUAGAGAAGGAAAUACAACAUUCCAUCUGUUUUUCAGUUAUUUAUAAAAUGCAGACAUUAAAAUCGCAGUGGGACACAAAUGAGUUUCCAAGUGAUGCCAGUGAAAAUCUGAAUUCUUUGUAUGUACUUUUGAAACAAUACGAGGUACCUCCAGCAUCUGUUCUCAGACUGAAGAUUCCUUUGAUUCUGGAGCUAGCUCGUUUUUGUGUGAAAGUAAAUUGCUUGAAGCUUGCAUGUGAUUGUAUUCUGGAUUUGAAGAGCGCUGAGAUUACUGACCAAGGGAAACUUAUUGAAAUACAGUGCCUGGAAAGUGAAUAUGAAAUUAAAAAAAUGGACAGCAGAAUUAUGACUUACACCAAAGGAGUUGUUGAGGCUCGGCUGGAAGUGAUAAAAACCCUUGGGUUAGCCUUAAAACGUGCAGUUCACUUGGGAGAUGCUGGUGUGAUUCAGGUGGUUUGUGCAGCCCAGUGGAAUCUGUGCCUGCCGCUGCUACAGCACAAUUUGCGUCAGCGUGUGCGGGCACCCUUGGCAGCGGUGGCUGAUGUGCUCGAAGCCAUUGACAGCACACUGGUUUUGUUGCGGUGCCAAGUUCAUAUGGAAAUAGCUCGUAUUGAAGAAGAUGGGGACAGAAUAGAGGCUGCUGUGGAGCACUUGCAAAAGGCUAUGCAUCUAGACAAGAAGGGGCCUCACCAGGAGUAUCUGAGACUGACCUUUAACCGCCUGCAUUUGUGCACUGUGCUGCAUAAGUCACCUGAGCGUCCAGAGGAUCGGGCAGCAGUGCUGAUUGAACAGGCUAAAAUGGGGGGAGAGCAGAAGGAUAGCGUGCAAAAAAGGAGGGCCCUUCUGGUGAAUGCUGGUCGUGCAUUAGCUCCUGAUUCAUUUCAUAUAGUCCUUGACAGUGAGAAUGAAGCUAAAGUUUCCUCAGGUAAAAGUGGGAAUCAGAUAAGCUACCUCUGUGCAAAAGCACAGCAUCAUAUUAAAAGUAUAAAGAAAGCUGAUGAACAUUUGAAAUACUUCGGAGGUGAAAAUGAGGGAGAGAGAGUUACACUUUGGGCAGAUCUAGCAAAAGCUGCACGUAAAGGGGAAGUGUGGGAUGUCUGCCGUGCAGCCUGCAGGUUUUGCCUCUUGUAUGAGGAGGCUUUGCUUAGGAAGGUAACAAAGCCUAAAAAAACACAGAACAAGAUACUUAUUACAACUACGAUGGAUGAUGAUCAAGGUAUCAGCUUACCAGGAGAAUCAGUACUGCCUGAUAAAUCAUUCUCUUUUGAAAGAGACUUACUCAGAAUAUUAGCAGAAAUUAGAUUCAUUAAUGCAGAGGCAACUAUUAAUUUAUUAAGAUUGCAGGGAGUUGAACUGAAUGAUCGUGCUGUACCUCCAGAAUGUGCAAGUCCAGGAUGUGUUUCGUAUCUUCCUGAAAAUGAUCCAGAAUGGAAAACCUACAGUUCAUGGAUAGACUACUUAUCUCGGUAUGCUAUGGGAAACUUCCAACGUGCAGCUGAAAUAGGAGAAGAACUGAAUGAAGCCUGGGUUGUUCACAGUGCUGUGGUGUAUAUCUUAAACUACAACAGACAUCUUAUCUCUUCAGGAAGACAGAGGCAAAUUAUUAGGUAUCUGCGGACUCUUCUUGGAGCCAUCCAGGCUGUUGGACAUGAUGGAAGUGCUGUGACUGUGUUGAUGUUAUGUGAUGCUUUGGCUCGGGGCUUAAUGCUUCCUUGGAUUCCAAAGCCAGAAUUUGCUGAAAAGGAAAAACAAGAUGCAGCAACAGGCAGAAGUGGAAAAGUUGCAGCAAAGAAACCUGACAAAGCAAAUAUUAGCCUGUCUUCUUCAGUAGAUCCCAGUGGGCUUCCUGAUGUCAAGGCUGCCUUAGAGAUUUGUGAAUUUGCCCUGAGUGUGGCAGAUGGAGCCAUGCCUGAUGAGGCAGUACCUGUUGCUGCACAGCAACAGAUGAUUGCUACAUGGGUAAAAGCAAAGCAGUUAAAUCAGCAGCAGAUCAGACACAAGCUUGGGACAGAGGAGGAAGCACAAAAUCUCGUGGCACAAAUUCUUGUUGGUCUAGAAAUGCAUUCAUGUAAUGGCUUGGGCCUCAUGGAUUUCACUCUUCCUAGCUUAUCUCAGUUGGUGCAAUUGGCUUUGGAAUGCAGUUGGUCAGAUUCCUUAGUGGAAUUGCAGACACUGACACGACUGAUGUAUUUUGCAUAUGAAUCCCAUGAUUAUGAGGUAGUGAUGACUUGUUCCAAAAGGAUCUUGCAAACAGAUGAGAAGUUCUUGCACAGUAGAGAUGCUAGGGGAGGUGGAAUGCCUGGAAACACGGCGACACAAGAAAUGUUAAGCAUUGCUGCCUGUAUACGAGGAAAAAGUAUAAUGGAAAAUUCCUCUGGAAGAAAACACUUGUGUGUGGCAGCAUCAGAAGCCUUUGUCCAGAGUGCCAGGUUUGCAGGGAAAGCUGGAAGUUAUCCCCUUGUAAUGUUUGCAGCUAGACACUUUUGGAAUACAUGUUUGCCCUUGUUAGGUUCUCCUCAAGACAGAAGGCAGUUUAAAGAACCCACUGAAAUAUUUCUUAAGAAUCUAAUCAAAGCAGAAUCUAAAAAUAAACAGGAGAAGAGAGAGUUGUUGCCUUUGCAUCAGUGGAUUACAAAGGAUUUUCAAAGUAUUGGAUUAUCAGCUGGAUGCUUUCUCCCAGGUGCUAAGGAAGAUCUGACGUUAAGAACCUCCUUAUAUGGGUUAUUAUUCCACAUAUAUGCUGAUCAAGCUGACUGGGAGACAGCACUGAAAGUCUUGGAUGAAGCUAUUCAGGUUUUGCCUCCGACAAGACACAGGCUCCUGAUUUUUAAGCAUAGAGUUACAGUGAAGGCAAGAUUGGGAUGCAAUUUUGCAAUGGACAUUGAGAAACUGAGAGAUGAAAGUGAAGAUUUGUCACAAAUGUGGCAUCACCUGGUGACAGUCUCUAGCACUGCUCUUGAACAGCUUAGCUGUUUCCAGAAUGCCAUCACUGCUAAACAAAAAAAUGAAUGGCAGAAAGUUGAUUUGCUGGAAUUCGCUCAGUGGUUAUUGCACCAGUUUCCCCUCAAUGAUGUCAUUACCUCUGGACUGGGUGUAGAUCUCUUGCUACAUAAGAAAUUUUCUAUGCCAUCCUCACAAGGAGAAGAACACUUGAAGGUAGACACUGGAUCAAAUGAUGCCAUGCCCCAAAUGAAUUUGGAAGAUUUGAGCGACAUUAAACAAUUGGAAGCUUUGUUUAGAGCACAGACAUUAAUGGCUUUCAUUUCUGGCUGUAGUUCUCCUUCUCAUCAGCAGCACUGUUUGAUGGCCUAUGCCUGUAUCCUCCGGAUCUGGCAGGUAUCGCUGUCAGCAUCAGGACCUAUUGCAAAGUCUUCACAACUUACAGCUCCUCAGAAGGCACAAUCAAUAAAUGCUCCUAAAACAAAGAAGGACAAAAAGAAAGAGCAGCAAGUUGAAGUGUCAGUUGUGACAGAGGAGCUGAAAGGGAAAGGAUCAGUGGAUACCUUACCAGCCAGUGUGGAGGAAUGGGCUCAUUAUGACUGUCAAGAAAUGAGAGACGCUCUUAAAGAGAAAACAAACAGCUGUGGAAUUAACUGGGGCAAUUUCCCAAAACCUCUGCUUUUUUCAGCUGGAAAGUUUAUUAUGAUUAUUUUAGUGACAUUUGGAACAGCUACAGAAGAUUUUUUGCCCCCACUUGAUUCUUCCAUCUUUCAGCUAGCUGAAGUUAUUGCUAAUGAAGUUGUGGGAUGCAGAAGUUUGUCUGAUCUUUAUCACCUUCGAAUCGCGCUGAUAUGUUCAGACCUGAAACUGAGUCAGGCAUCUUUGUAUCAUGAGAAAGCUGCUGGAGAAGCACACAUUAGUGAAUUGGAACAAGCAAUGUGUAGGCAUGAGAUUGCACUGAAAAAAGAAAAGAAAGCUCAUACUGAGACAGAAGAUGGAAAAGCAGUUUCUGCGGAUGCUCAGCUGAGUGGUAGUAGGGAUGAGAAUAUCCUGCCUUCAAGGGAAAAGGCUUUUGAGUUCAAUGCAGUAGCAGGAAAAGGAUUGAGUGCACUUUCUUUCCCUUACCUGUGGAUAGAAAAGGCUGAAGUACUGAUCCAGCUAGGCUUGUAUCAACAGGCAAGACUUCUGCUUUCAGAGGCCCAUGGUGCAGCUCAGGAACUGGGGGCCCUGCAUGAUGUGUCAAGGUGCUUGUACUUACUUGCUGUAUUGGCCACCCUGGAGAGAAACCACGGGCAAGCUAAAGCACUCCUUGAGAAAGCACAGCUCCUAGGAGGAAAUGAGCUUUGGUACAACAGUACUCUCAGUCUAAUAGAAGCAAUUUUAGAGGGAGAUGAGGAAGGAAGACAGAGCACGGAGUCUUACAAUAAAUUAGUUCAAAGUGAGAAGGACUUCUUUCAUUAUGGGCAUAAACAGUGCAGCGCUGAGAUCCUGCUGGAAUGUGCAAAUGUGCACAGGAUGGUUGCCAAGCAGGAAAGAAGCAAAGAAGCAAAACAUAAUCACUAUCUGGAUGCUUAUAACUUAGCUCAGAGGGCUGUAUCUAAACAGAGGAAGUGUUCCAUGAUGUUUGGAGCCUUGUUUGCAGUUAAUGAGACUGGAAAUAUCAGUAUUCCCUUAAUGAGGCAACUAGCUAACAGGAAAUUAAAUCUUGUAGAAAUUGUUUUGGAUAUUUUUCAUCUUGUUAUUACUGAGAAAAAGCUUAAAAAAAUGGGAGGAGCGUCAUCUCGUGAACUCGUGGAAGCUUUCCUCAGGGGAACUGCUGAAGAUGAUGCAGCAGAACAGCAGUUGCCUGGGAGCAUAUGGAGCACACUGUGGGUCAUUAUUGCACUGGCUCAGUUAGCAAGCAUACAGCAUUUUUGUAGAGGCUGCCCUGACAUCAAAUCCAAAUGCCUGUACCUCACUGGAAAAACUCUCCAUUUGCUUGCCAUUGAUGUAGAUCCUGUACAUUCAGAGCUUUACUGGGAGCCAGAUGUUAUGGAAGAAGCUAAAUCAGACAUUUCCAAAUCUUUCUUGAUGGCAUCAGAAUGUGGUGAACAGGGAGCGACAGACAGCAAUUUGCCAACUGAGCAGCAUCAGUAUGAUAAGUGUAGGAGGAAAAUACUGGAGUUAAAGAAAAUGGUUGAAUGCUUUCAACAAUUUGAUCCAGUUGCAACUAGCCAGUUUUUGGCCCUUCACCAGAGCUGUUCAGCAUCUCUGACGAUGAAGAGUAUCCUUCUAGCAGCUACAUCUAACACAGCAGCUCUCAGCUGGCAGACAUUACUGCAUCUUCAGAAUCAUUUACAACAACACAGAAACACAAGUGAUCUUCUGAAAAAGGUGGAACGGCAACUGGCUGCUACUUCAAUGGCAUGGAAAAACCUCUGUAUCUCUGUUGAACAUUUUAACAUCAUGGAUGAAUUGCCUUCUAAUUUCUGUGUAAUGAUUCUCCAGCAUUCAGAAGACAGGUGUAUUCAUGAACAGUUCUUCUCAAAGAAUACCUUUGCUUUAGAUACUGAUGGCUCUGUACAGUACAAAUAUGAUGUCUCCAAAAGGCCAUUAGAUGCUGUUCCCCUCCUUUUCAUAGUGCAAGCAAAAGUUUCCCGGUGUCCUACACCUCUGGACCUGGAACCGUGUGUGGUGUUACUAGGAGAUCCACUUUUUAUGGAAUUGCCUUUGGAAGCCCUGAGCAUCUUUAAAGGGAACGGAAUAAGCUGUGUAUGCAGAGACUUUUUUUCUCUCCAGAUUCUCUACAAUCGAAUACACCUGGCUGAGUCAGAGACUGAAGUUAAAACAGAUGCUGAAAUAUCUAAAAAAACCCAACCAAAAGCUCAUCAGAAAAUGAAUGUCAAAAAGAUAUUGUGGACCUCUACAAUGAAGGACAAGAUGCAGCACAGUGCCACCUACCACCUAGCGAGUGGUGCACCAGUGAGCCAGUAUAUCCUGGCUCAGGAAAGGAAUUUGAUUGUCCUGGGAUUUCUUUGUAUCAAAGCUUUAAGCCCUUCCCAGAAAAUGAAGGAAAUCCUAGAAAAACACCAGGCCCUAUUUACACUGCAGUGGGAAGGAGUUACUGGCAGCACCCGUGUUCCAAGCCAAGCUGAAUGGGAGCAGCUGCUGACAAACUGCAGUGGAUUUCUAUUCUACGGAAUGGAGAGAUUCCUGUGUCAUGUUUUACUCAACAGACUGGUUGCUAUGAACAUCCCAAAAUGCCGUCUGAUGAUACUUCUGGAUCUGGUGCGUUCCAAGGAAAGUUACCGGAGAGUUGCAUACUCUGGGACCUGCAGAAGUUGCCUACAUGUUGCUGUCGAGGGACCUACAGAGACAGCAAUGCUUCUAAGCCUGACUGGUGUUGGGUCCAUAAUAGCCAACCAGUGGUUCACUACCUUGCAGGAGAAUGCCCAGAGGCUGGGCACUUUGUUAGAGAGUUUGCUGAGCAUGGGUAGAACCACUGGGCAGGCUGUCCGUCUUCUUCAGGAGAUUCUGGCUGCCAAGGGAGGGGAUUCCAUUACAAUGGAAACGGAUUCGGACAGCUCUCCUGGAUGCAAAGCGGAAGACCAGACCAUUCACCCUUGCUCAGCUCUCCCUGCAAACCACCCAUCCUCUCUGAACUGUGUGCUGUACGGCUUACCCAAUGCCAUGCUGGUGUGA